AUGGAUGACCACCGUUCCCCGAGUCCGUCGGUUGCCACAGACUUCAGCCUAGGCUCUCGGUCAGGCCGGUCUGCAUUGACAGUCCUGGACAUGCCAGUUGAAGGAUCACGCCGAGCCCCAAAGCACUUCAAGGGCGAAGCUUCUGAUGUUGAGCCUUUUCUACGGAAGUAUGAGAGGCUGGCAAUCACACACAACCUCACGGAGAGAGAGAAAUGCGACACCAUUCUGGACUACUGUGGACGAGUAGUCAGGGAGACCAUUGAAGGAUUCCCGUCCUUUCAGCAGGGCACAUGGGAACAGCUCAAGGAGGACAUCCGUGUCUAUUGGAAUGCAGACCUCGAGUCCAAGCGAUUCCGGAUCAAGGACCUUCAGCGCUUCAUCAGCAAGUCCAAGGAAGAAUCAAUCCUAGAGCUACGGGAUUGGCGGCAGUACCUGCGCAACUUUGUCCGCAUUGCGGGCUGGCUCAAGGGAAAGAAGAAGAUAUCCGAGGGAGAGUAUGCCUACUACCUCUGGAUGGGUCUUCACCGCACCUUCCGCAAGCGACUAGAAGCCCGGAUUCUGCUUGAGGAUCCAGAGCAUGACAUGUCUACGCCCUUCACGCCCAAGGCUAUUGAGAAGGCAGCCAAGGCCCUUCUUAGUGUUGACCGGUUUGACACGGAGCGACUGGGCUCUGACAACACCUACCUUGACCAAUCAGAUGAUGAAGAUGAUGACUACUUUGAGGAGAUCACCGGGAUUGGACGGGGCAGAGCGGAGAGAGACUCACCAGUGCCAAACCGCAAGGUUGCGCGCUUUGACAAAGAAGAUGACAGCGACACGGAGGACCCGGAGCAGGAGUUGAAGGAGACGAAGAAGAAACAAGAGAAGCCAAAGCCCACCCCAGUGCCUACCCCAUCCCGCAAGCCUGAGGAUGUGGAACUCGAUGGCCUGAUCCAACAGCUUCACACCCUCCGAUUGGACGACCCGCUGUAUGGUGCUGCGUACCUCAAAGCCUGCCGCAUUGACCCCAACGUGCAGAACUGUUUCUACCAGCCUAUCCUUAGGCCCCCGCCGCAGUUUAGCCAGAACGUCACUCGUGAUUUGCCACCACACAUGGGCAGAUCCAACAUGAGCCAGCCGCCAAUGCGACCCUCACUACCACCACUUCAGUCAGGAACCCAAGGAUGCUUCGGAUGUGGUCAGCCAGGCCAUGUCAUGAACAACUGCCCUGAGAUCCAGAAAUACAUCUCAAAGGGCCAGGUUCUGAAAGACUAUCGAGGGCGUAUCACAGACAAGGAUGGUCGAGUCAUCAGACGGCAGGAGGGCGAGAAUAUUGUCCAGGCAAUUGAACGCACCCUUCCCAAGGUGAACUUCAUAGCCUAUGAUGGACCAGCACAGGAUGUGGACGAUGAAGACGAGGAUCCAGAGCAGGCCGACGUCAUGGUCUAUCCAGUGGAGAGAGCCCAACGCAUCACCAGGCCUUACCGCAAGGAGACCUUUGACGGUGUAGGCGUCCCCUCGAAAGGAAAGGAGAACCCGAAGGAUAAGCCGAAGAAGACGGAGACUUCGCAGAAGGCCACUGCUGUGCAUCGCCUUCCCAUGCAACGUCUGGUGCCAGUUGAGACUCAGCCUAUGGCAUUCAACCCUGAUAAUGACGUGGACAUGAUCGACGACCGCACUCUGACUCAGCGGAAGAAGCCAGCCCCUGCGGAGCCAGCCACCAUGGACAAACCUCGUUGGGCCCCGCGUGCAUCGGACGUCAGCAAGACGGUUGACCCUGUCAAGAUUGCAGAGAAGCUUCUAGAUCUACCUGUGACCCUUCCAGUCCGGGAGAUUGCAGGAUGCUCUCGUGAGGUUGCCAGCAGCCUGAUCGACAUGCUCAAGCUCAAGAAGGUUGACACAGUCCCGGUUGCAUCAAUCCUCCCAAGGACAAACCUGAUCACGUCACGCACGGGUUCCCUGAUCCGCCUUCAAAUGGAGUGCAACUUCAUGCCAGUCACGUUCAUUGUCGACACGGGGUCUCAGCUCAACAUUAUCAGCGAGGCAGUCUGUAAGAACAUAGUCCGCAGGCCAAUCAACUUGGGCGCAGCCAUAGCAAUGAAGGAUGCCAACGGAGGAACUGGUCACCUUUUGGGGCUAGUCGAGAACAUUCCUCUGAAGCUCGGCCACAUCAGCACGCCAAUCAAUGCCUUCAUUGCAGAGAACCCUCCGUUUGAUGGUCUACUCGGACGACCUUGGCAGCAGGCUCACAAGAUCUCAAUCGUUGAGAAGCCUGAUGGCACGUAUCUGGAGUUC